GGGAUCAAAACUGACCCAGGAUUUGGGAUCCAGCACCACAACUGCCCCAGGAUCUGGGAUCAAAACUGACCCAGGAUUUGGGAUCCAGCACCAGAACUGACCCAGGAUUUGGGAUCCAGCACCAGAACUGACCCAGGAUUUGGGAUCCAGCACCAGAACUGCCCCAGGAUUUGGGAUCCAGCACCAGAACUGCCCCAGGAUCUGGGAUCGGCUGUGGGAAUUGACCAAACUCUCCGGAUCCGGGAUCAAACUCAGCCCGCGGAUCCGGGAAUCCAGCGCUGAGAUCCGAGCUCCAGCCCCGCCGGGAGCCGGGAAUCGGCACCGAACCCCGCCGGGGGUGGGAGCGGGGAUCCCGCGGGGGAUCCAUCGGGAUCCAUCGGGAUCCAUCGGGUCGGGAUCCGGGGGGAUCCGGCGGGAUCCGGCCAUGCCGCGCGCGUUCCUGGUGAAGAAGCCGGUGGUGGCCACGGCCAAGCGCAACUGGAGCGAGCUCCCGGACGAGCAGCGGGCGGAGAUCUACGUGCCCAUCUGUUUGGGGGGCUGCCCCCUGCGCAGGGACCCCGAGCCGGCCGUGGGGGAGGCCCCCGCGUCCCCCGUGUCCCCCCUGGACAUGACCCUGCCCCCCCGAGCCCCCCCCGGCCCCUUCCUGCACCCCAAGGGAAAGGGGGGGUCCCAAGGUCCCGUCCGGCCCUUUGGGCGCUCCCCUCCCCGCGGGGCUGCCCCUGGCCGGGGGGGUCCCCGGGGGGGAGUCCCGGGUGACCGGGGGGGGUCCCGGGGGGCUCCCGAGCUCUUCUCCUGCCCCGUGUGCCAGAAGAGCUUCGGCUUCCAGCGGAUGCUGAACCGGCACCUCAAGUGCCACAGCGAGGUGAAGCGGCACCGCUGCCCCUACUGCGGGAAGGGCUUCAACGACACCUUCGACCUCAAGCGCCACGUCCGCACCCACACCGGUGUCCGUCCCUACAAGUGCUCCCUGUGUGACAAGGCCUUCACGCAGCGCUGCUCGCUGGAGUCUCACCUGCGCAAGAUCCACGGCGUGGCGCAGCGCUACGGCUACAAGGAGCGGCGCGCCAAGCUCUACGUGUGCGAGGAGUGCGGCGGCACCGCCGACAGCCAGGACGCUCACCUGGCUCACCUGCGCCAGCGCCACCCCCACAGCCCCCUCCUGGCCAAGCUGGCCCGAAAGGCCGCGGCCACGCCCGCCCCGCGCCCGGCCCCGCCCCGCGCCGCCCCGCCCCCGUAGGGGA